AUGAUAACAAAACUCACCCGGCGUGUCCUACCCGUCAUAACCGGCCUCAUUCUCACCUACAUCUUCUUCCCCUAUCUUUACUACUACGGUGAUUACGUCCGCCAAACAAAUCCCUUCUCCGGCCAGCGCUCCAUCGAACAAGCCUUCACACCCACCGACUCCGAGCUCGCCUGUCUCCGUGGAGGUGGUGGUGGUGGUGGUGGCGGCGGCGGCGGCCAUGUCCCUUUUCCCGUGUCCGGGUCCGGGUCCGGGAGCAACAGUAACAAGGAAAUUGAAAGUGGUCAUCCAUCCCACUUCUCACGAGAAGGAUCAAUCCCCAACAUAGUCCACUUCAUCUACGGCCUCGCAAACCCGCAGUCUCACCCCUCAGCCGGGCACUUUGACUUCCUGUCCUACCUCGCAGUGCGCGCCGCUCUGGUUUCUCUACAGCCGACCGUCCUAAACUUGCACUAUACGUACCUCUCAUCUCCCCCGUCUCCUGAUCCGGGCGCCGAUCCGCUCUCAAACCCCUGGAUCCGGAGGCUGGCUCAGAAGUGGCCGGACAAGUUUAGGCUGGUUCACCACCCGCCACCACCAGAAGAGGAAGGAACGCAAGGAGGAGGAGGUGAUCACCAGCGGGACACAUUGCUAGGCUACGAAGGCGGCAGCCGCUGGGGUCUAUGCAACGCCGUUAUUGUCGCUCGCCCCAACGCGACGUUCAUCAGGCGAUGGCUGGACACCUACGAGAAUGUGGACUUGGAGAAGGAAGCGUGGAAUUAUCGGAGUGUCUUGUUGCCCAAGGAACUUGCUGAGCAAGGAAGGAACGACAAAAGCGGUGACGAUGUGGUACAUAUAGGUAAAGAAGAGGCAAGGGGAAAUGAAGAUGGGAAAGAUGCUACAGCAAAGGGAGAUGUCUGCGCCUUACCUCCUGAUGCCUUCUUCUGGCCCACUUGGACAUGGAGACACAUCGAGUGGAUGCAUACCCCCUUGAAAAUGAAAGAGGAAAAGGAGUUUUGGGAGGGACAGAUUGCCAGGAAUGGAGGAGGAUUGUUUGAGAAUCAGAUGGCGUAUCAUGCUUGGGGGCAGAUGGCCUGGGAUAGGUAUUUGAAGUGGUUGACGCCCGAGGUGAUUAGGACGAAGGAUACGAGGUUUAAUUUGCUGGUGAGAAGGUUCUUGGAGGAUGACUUGUAG